GUCUGCGCCGCUCGCCGUAGAUACAGGAAGUGGGACCAAAACAAAGGAUCGCUGGCUGGGAGCGGACCUCCUUGAGCCGGUGUCCCUGCUGCUUGCCGGGCCCACUCCGCCGAAGCCGCACGACCCUGUCCAACAUGGAGAAACACUUGUUCAACCUGAAGUUCGCGGCCAAAGAUCUGAACAGGAAUGCCAAAAAAUGCGACAAGGAGGAAAAGGCCGAAAAGGCCAAAAUUAAAAAGGCCAUUCAGAAGGGCAACAUGGAAGUUGCAAGGAUACACGCCGAAAAUGCCAUCCGCCAGAAGAACCAAGCGGUGAAUUUCUUGAGAAUGAGUGCGCGGGUGGAUGCGGUGGCUGCCAGAGUCCAGACCGCGGUGACGAUGGGCAAAGUGACCAAGUCCAUGGCCGGUGUGGUUAAGUCGAUGGAUGCGACAUUGAAAACCAUGAAUCUGGAGAAGAUCUCUGCUUUGAUGGACAAGUUCGAGCACCAGUUUGAGACCCUGGACGUCCAGACGCAGCAAAUGGAAGACACGAUGAGCAGUACGACGACCCUGACCACUCCCCAGAGCCAAGUGGAUAUGCUACUCCAGGAAAUGGCAGACGAGGCGGGCCUCGACCUCAACAUGGAGCUGCCGCAGGGCCAGACCGGUUCAGUGGGAACGAGCGUGGCUUCGGCUGAGCAGGAUGAACUGUCCCAGAGACUGGCCCGCCUUCGGGAUCAAGUCUGACUGCAGAACCAGCCCGAGGUUUCCUUUCGACGCGCUCUCUGUUUUAGAGAGGUGCCCUAGAAUUGUGCCAGAAUACCGAACAGUCGUCUUUCUAAAAACCUUUGAGUUUACAGCCUACUCCAGAUAGGAUAAGAAAUUCCAGUUUUCCUCCACUUCUAACUGGAUUUUAAAGUUCUUUUUUGCUUAUGAUGAGGUGUAUUUUUUACAGCUGUUUUUUAACAGAACUGGUUAAUUUGCUCUCUAUGAAUCUAGAAAAAUUGGCAGAACUCUAGCCCUCAUGUAUUCCGUUUUCACUAAGAAUUCCAGGUUGAAGUUUAUUUUUAGUGUUGUUGAUGAUACAUAGAGUGACAAGUGAUGCAAAACAUUAAAUGAGGAGGAAUGGGUACUUAGUUUAUUUACAACUCUGUGAACACUGUGUUUGAUUUAUUCGGUGGAAAAUACUCUUUCUGUACAUCAUUUGGUUUUCUUUGCUUUUGCUAUCAAAGAAAGACUAUAAUUGAUAAUUUAUUCUCAUAACCUAUACUAAAGUUACCUUAGAAGAUUUUUGCAAAAUAUGCAUUUUACAUUCUGUAAUGUAAUAAUGUAGUUUGGGUAACUGGGAGAAAAUGCCACAUAAUUUGUUAUCAGAAAAAAUUAAAUUUGUUCAUUUAUAUUCUAUUAAGAAUUCUUAAGACUUAACAUUUGAUAAUUUCUAUUUUUUCUAAUGAAAGUCAACCCUUUAUAGACUUCUAAUCAAAAUAAUGUUCAUCAACAUGGCAGUCCUGUUACAUGCCUAGCAUUGCCAAAGAACUGCUGAUUUGGUCCUGGUAAAUCCUGGGACUGUGUAAUUAUAGGUUUUGUUUUUAUUUAAUAACCAAAAAUACAAAUAAAAUUAGAACAAUAUUUUUAAGUUCUAAUUAUUUGUAUGUAUGUUGUCUUAAAGCAACAACUCUUUUAAAACCUCAAAAAAAUAAGUUAGUGCUAUAGAUCUGCCAAGUUUAAAUGUACAUUUAAUCAGCUAGAAGUCUAGGACAAGGAAAUGAGUUGGGAUUAGAAGGAAAGAGACAGGCCAGAAACCUCCACCACCAGCCACCUUCCUUUUAUUCUCUGGUAUAAAACAAAGCAAUUCCCACUUUCUUCUGGCCUCCAAACACGGAGAAUAACUUGUGUUUGCUUGUCAUAUAUAUUAACCUAAGUUAAAUACUUACAAAGUUUGUUUUAUUUAAUUUCCCCUUUUCCUGGUUUUUUUUUUCAUUAAGAGAAUUCUAGUGUUUCAGACAAGAUGGAACCUCUGCAAAACUCUUUGAAAAAUCCAUUAUUAUAGUGUGGUUUCCAUGUGAAUGAGUGUUUAAUGAAAAAAGUGCAAGCAUAUACAGAUGAGUAUUGACACUCUUGAGUUAUCGAGUGUGUGUGUGUGUGUGUGUGUGUGUGUGUGUGUGUGUUUUUACAAGUCUGCUCUAAGGGACAUGUUACUUGUCAGGUGUCCUUUAAAAGGACCCUUAGCAGAUGACAUGUCUUCUCAUAUACACAAUUGUACUGUGUCAGGUGUGUAUGAAUACAACCUAUGUCUUAAUCCUUUAGACUGGAAAACAUCGAUUAAUUACAUUUAAGAAACAAGUGUAUCUGGGCGUUGGUGGCACACACCUUUAACCCCAGCAAUUGGGAGGCAGAGGCAGGCCGAUCUCUGUGAGUUCCAGGACAGGCUCCAAAGCAAUACAGAGAAACCCUGUCUCGGGGAAGAAAAAAAAAUUAGCUUAGUAUUGACUCCUUGGUAAAUUGAAGACCCUUUUAUACUGAAGAUAUUUCCAUCAAAAUAUAUUUUGUGAAAUUGAACAAUACUCUAUAUGCUUAAACUUUCUUAAAAUAUGUUCAUUUCAUACUACAUAAAUGUACAUUUUUAUGAAUCAUAAACAUUAUUUUCAAAAACA